GCGAAGAAGAACGAGAAAUCGAGAUCGAAAUCGGGAACAAAAAGGCUAGCAAAAAAACCUUCCAUUUCUCUUUCGGAAAACACGGCACAGCACAUCCGGCAAAGGAAAGGUGUUUUGUCGCGUAUCCCCGGUGGGUUCGGAGUGUGGAGUGUGGAUACUUUUGCCUUUUGCGCUUUUGCCGCCAUCAUCUCCGUCACGAGGAUUUCACGGUAGACGACGCGGCGACCCCCGGAUCAGCGAUUUACCUCGUGUGAGGCGGUCCAAUCCGUUCAAUCGGCUGCCGCCGGAAGCAACCUGCGACUACCUGGACGGAGUGUGCACUAAUCUCGCAGCAAGUGAUGGGUGGCAGGUGUUGAGCGGAUCUUUGGCCUUUCCGGGCCACGCCGCGCAAGUGAAAUCGUGAGUCGAUAACGAGAAGAAACGAGGCCGCUAUCUUGCCCCCGCCGCCUGGAAGGAUCGCACAGGACAGCACACCGGGAAAGUGCGAAGUUUUGCCCUUCCCGUUUCCAAAUCCCGGCCAUCCGGGCGAUCCCGAUCUCAGCUUCAAACGAGGCGCAGGAUGGCGGAGAACGCAGGGCCGGUGAAACCGGUGCUGAUGGUGGCGCCCCUCCAGCAACAGCCUGUGGCCCCUGCCCCAGCAGGACAGCCACCAUCGGUCGCCUCAUCGCCCGCUACGCCAGCUGCACACAUCCUCUCGGAAUCGGACGAUUUCACGGACAACUCAGCAGAGAACAACACGCGGGAAGCGAACCAGGAGGAUACAACCUCGCAGCAGAGUGGAGUGGCCGCGGUUGAGUCGGAGUACGAUACGGCCUCGGAUUCACCAUCGGACGGUGAAGAGGAGGACUACGAUGAAGAGGAAAGCGGCGGAGAGGAGGAAGAAGACGAGGAUGAUGAGGACGAUGGUACCGAUGAGGAGGUGGAAGACGAGGACGAAGAAGAGGACGAUGACGAUGUGAUCGAGGUGCGGGAUUACGAGCAACAGGGAGGCCCUGGCCAGACCGAUGGCAUACCGGAUGCCGGACAGGAAGGUGACGGGCGGCGGAAGGUGGACGAUGAUGAGGAUCGUAGCAACCCGCAAUACAUCCCCAAGAAGGGUACAUUCUACGAGCACGAUGAUCGAACGGCCGAAACAGAUCCGGAAGAGGACGGAGAGCGGCUGGAAGGAGAUGAACAACGUUCGAAACGUGACGGUGAUCUAGAUGAUGGUGGUGGUGGUGGUGGAACCGGUGGAGCAGAUCAUCAUGGAGGAAUGGGUAGUGGAUCCGGUGGUCUAGGAGGCGGUGGAUCACUCGGUGGUGGUGGUAAUGGUCCCGGAGGUUAUGGCGGAGAGCGGCGAGGCUCGGAAAAGGGAGGCAGCAGUGCGUUGAAGGGAAGGAAGAAGUGGCAAGCUUCGACCGAUCGUUGGACGCACGAUCGGUUCGAUGAGAGCGAGCAGGCACCGAAGUCACGGGCUGAGCUCGUGUGCGCUUACGGUUAUGACAUCCGUAGCGAAGAUGGACCACCGAAGGCACGCCGGAAACGACGGUACGCUCGCGGACCCAACCAGUACACGCGGAACUGGGAGGACGAGGAUGCGUACCAGAAGUCCUCGAAUGCCGAGCAUCAGCGCCACAAGAAGGUGUUGCCACCACCACGGCCAGAGGAGUUCCCCGAGCUGGGUCCCAACGGUGCCGCCAAAGGUGGCCGAACUGGUGGACGGCUGCGAGCCACUGGAGGUCCGAAGAGCAAUACUGGAUCGCGGCAACCGAUUGGUUCCGAGUCGUCGAACCGGUCAGUACGAUCGUCAGGCAACGAGCAUCGUGCAAAUGCUCGAACGGAACGAGCAAGAUCGGGCGAUUGGGGCUCGGAACGAGACAGAUACGGUGGUGGUGGUGAAGCAGAACGAGAUAGCGCACGUGGUGACUAUGAAGGUGGCGAUGGUUUGCGACAUCGAAACAGCGACGAACAUCGUGCGGCCCGGCAUAGCUACCAUAACAAGGAGAACAAGCUGGCCGGUGGACGCAAUGGUGGUAGUGGCGGUCCUAAGGAGAAGGAUAGUUACAAGGUGAUCAAUUCGCUGCAGUUCAAGAACCAGGCACGCAUCAAAACGACACCAGAAGGCAGUAGCGUUGGUGCAGGGGAUGCCAUAUCAGGACCGCAGCAGACUGGUCCUGGUGUUGGUGCUGGUGGUGGCGGCGGCGGCGGCGGCGAUGGAGGAAGUCCGGUCAUGCAUAGCCAGAGUGCUGGCGCUCUAUCGGGAAGCAGUAACAGCAACAAGAUGCAGAUGACUACCAAUGGUCCGAAGGUUGCCCACGGGGGUAAAGUAUCGAACGAUCGUACGUAUGGCGGCGAACAGCCAACAGCGCAAAUGGGGCGUGCGAAUGUUGUAACCACAUCGGCAUCGCUCGGAUCGGUGCCUUCAUCGGCAGGGGGCGGUCAGCAGCAACACUACGCCCAUGGACCAUCGAACGCUCCAAUGCAGCAGCGGGAACAUCAGCCGUCCUCUCAGAAGCAUGCCUCUUCGCUAAAGUCUCAGGGAUACCUUGAGGAGGAGCAUUCGAAGUACGGGAACGUAUACCAGGGAGCUGGCACGAAGGAUGUUAACAGUCGGCAGCAUCAUCCUUCCGCUGGUGGUGGUAGUGGUGGUAAUGUUCCAUUGGUCCCGGUCAACAAUAUGGCUUCGGCGGGCACUCAUCAACGCUCGCAGAUCUCACCACGAGCGAUCGUGUCACAGAACACCCCCCCAGGAGGACCUCAGCAAGCGCCUUCGAUUGCGAUGCAGAUGCAUUAUCAGCAACAGCAGCAGCAGCAGCAGCAACCACAAGGUGGCUCAUAUGGUGUAGCUCAACAAGGUGGACCAAUUCCACCGACUCAUACCAUGCAGCAGCUACCACCUCCGCAGCAGCAGCAGCAGCAGCAACAACAACAACCGUUGUUGGCACAGGAACCAAACCUCAAUCGUUCGAAGCGAUACUCCACGCAACGACAACGGGCUCAACUGGAGAACAUGAACCUCGCCAUGCAGCAAGCAUCUCUUCAUGAUCAUCAGCAACAGCAGCAGCAACAACAACAACAACAGCAGCAGCAGCAACAGCAACAGCAGCAGCAGCAGUUGUUACAACAUCAGCAGAUGUUGCAGCAUCAGCAGCAACAGGAGCAGAUGCAGCAAAAGCAACAGAAGCAAUCCUACCAGCAGCCGCAAUCCCUCCCACAAUCGGCACCCGGUGCCGGUUUGCCCAUGACCCUACAGGCCGCUGACUAUCAUCUGCAGCAGCAACAACAGCAGCAACAGCAACAGCAACAGAAUGCGGUGGUCUCUGUGAAGGCGCAACAACAGCCACCACCACCUUCAGCCGUACAAACGCCUCACUAUCAUCAACCGACGGCGGUUUACUACACGAACGCAGCGCCCACGAAUGGUCCUCCGGGUCCUGGCGAUUACGUCACGGCCGGACCACCACCUCCCCAGGCACAACAACCGUUGGCCCAACCGCCACCACAAGCUCAGCCCCAGUACGUGCCGGCACCGUAUGUUGCCACCGCGGGUGGUCAUGGACCCGGGCAGGGUGGUGGCGGUUAUCUACAGGGUCCACCGGUAGCUCCACCCACUACCGCUUACCUAACCGGGCACCCGGCACAACCUAGUCCUUCCGUUGGUCCACCGCAACCACCGCAACCCGGUGGUGGUAGCGUUCCGGUUGGUGCAGCACCGCCUCCGCCAACAAUGAACUACGUGCCGACGUUGGGACCGCCACCGCAGCCGACGGCUGCCCCUGUCGCUCCAGGCCAGUAUCCUGCCACCGCCGCUUAUCCGACCUUCCAGCCAGCGUACGGACAGGGUGGACCGGUUGCCGUACCACCGGUAGGUGUAGCCGGUGCACCACCUCCUCCAUCCGCCCCAGUUGCUGUCCCUGGUGGACCGCCACCGCCUACAGCCCUCUAUCAACCGGCCGGAGGCAUUACGUACUAUGCUCCGCAAACGCAGACACAAGCCCCGCGACCGCUACCCACUGGAAGGCGUCCGACGGCUGCCAUCCCGAUUCUUGCCCCACCGGACCGUAAACCGGCCACCACCGGCAAUUCUCAGACGGGAACGGCCACUGCAGCCGGUAAGACGGCUACCAGUACGACCGGAACGACCCGUUCGACAACCGGCGGUGCAACGGAGGCUAGCGAAAGCAACGAAGAGGUCGCCGGAGGUACUGCUGGUGGUGCGGCUGCCAGUGGUGGUGGUGGUGGUUCGAUAGAACCACAGGGACCCGAAUCGAGUGCCGAAAACAUUGAUCACAUCCUAGACAACAUGUUCGUGCAGAGACCCGUCUAUCAACCACCGUCCCGAAAAAGUCCCUCCCCGGCAUUACCGCCGACUGGCAGCGACGCCAACGCUGCCGCCAAUGUUGCUGGAUCCGAGCUUGGGGAUGCCACUGCCCGGUCAAAGGGUACCGAAGGCAGCGUAACGGAAUUGGCUGGCGAAAGCAUACUCGGUGACUCGGGAAAGAAGCUGUCACUGCAGGACGAGAAGCUGGGGCCGCAGCAGGGAGGAGCAUUGAACAUGUCGGAACCCGGUAAGGAAUCCAACACUGCCGCCAGUGGAACCACGGAGAUGAUCGCUUCGCAUGGGGAAGAAUGACGGUAUUAAAGGGGCCCGCCGGGGGUGGUUCGGAUGAAGGAGGGGGAUACCGGAUUUAGAAUUUUGGGCAUACUUCAUCCUCCUGUAGCGUGGCGUGGCUCUAGCCCGUCUCCGCUUGGCUUGUGCGAACAAAUGCUUGGUUUUGGAGGGAGAAGAUCUCUCUAGUUUUUCCUUUUUUUUUUUUUUCAUUUGGAAUAAUUAUUUUGCCCGAACGGUUCUCGCGGACCAAUCGCGCGGACAGUCGAUUAGUAAGUCUAUCUUUCUAUUUAACAGAAAUAACGCUGAGGAGAGGGAAGUUAUUAGCUUUCCUAUCACGUGUUGCAUAUUGUGGGCACUCGUUAGACAGUCCAAUUGAUUGGAAGGUUGUCUAAUGAAGUGUGGGGUUUUCCGCUUUUUUAUUUACUCUACUCGGAAUGGAUCGUACGCGUAUUCUGUGGUCAUACACCCAAAGCGAAACACACGAUUCAGGGGAGUGACACGAGAGGCAUGAUUGUAAUUGGAAUGAUUGCAUGUAAUGGAACAAUUAGCUAGUGAUUUCUCUUUAUACAUAUAUGUAUAUGUAUACAUAUGUGCAUGUAUAUACAUAUAUGUAUGUAUCUAUAUAUUCGAAUGCCGUGUAUCCGAGGUGCAAUGUGUUCAUUUUGGAGGUUUAGCAUCCCUUCAGAACGGCUCCGCACGCCCAGCAAGCAUGCCCGUACUACUUUACGCUGCGAUCGAUACGCUAUUUAGGGUGGCAUUAGGCCAACGCGGAAUAGAUUUUGCCUGGAUUUCGACGAUUGCGUAGAGCUGUUCAGGAACGAGCCGAACGAAUUGUGUAAAGUAACUCAUAAAGUGAAUUGGAAAUAAAGUCAAAUAGCUAAAGC